CCUGGUGGCAUACUGUAAGCUUUGUAAACAUUAAAGCAACAGCAAUGCAAAAUGAAUAACAUACGCGGCGAAGACAACCAUGAGAAACUUACGAGCUAUAUACAAAAUCCAGACAUAUCAAUACAUGAUCCGUUACCAGAUGUGCUGCCACGUAAAUUUGAUGAGCUACGCCUGUUGCACAUUCCCAAGUGCCCUGGCAGCACAAAGCUGAUACCACGUAGAGACUUCGUGACCGGCGAAAUACUCGAGUUUAUUGAGGUGGACAUAGAAGACGUGGGUGCCAAUGCCAAUAACUCGAUGUCCAUGCAACGAGAGCCCGGCCUUUUGGAGGAGAUAACACGUGGUUCACCGAUGAACUUUCCUUUCUGGCCUGGUGGCUUUGAUGCCGACACUAGUGGACAGUCGCUGGAAAUGGCCAAAAUGAAUGUUGAUAACUUUGAGUUGGGCGAUAAGUUGCUAACGAUUCCGCCGGGCUUUGCAAGUGGGCAUGACUUUGCGUUGGACAAAACAAAGCUUGAGGAACGAACGCCUGAGCCAACAUCAGCUACAAACAAUGUGAAUUUGCUAGAGAACUUGGAGCAGGACUUGGAUGUACAGCAAUGGCUGCAAAUGACACGUAGCGAAGCUGAAACAACGGAUACACAUGUACCACAACGAGACCUGAAAUUUCCGGCAGAGUUCAAAGACGUUGAUGAUGAGAUAAUGAAUUCUGAUCUCAAACCUGAUGUGUUAAAUAUAUCCAACAGCACAAACACCUUUAACAGCGACUGGGCCGAAAUGGUGGAUAUUAGCCAGCCUAUAUCAAACUUUAAGGAACAGAUACCCUGUCCCGCUAUGGAAUUCCCCUUCGAACUUGACGUCUUCCAGAAGCAGGCAAUACUCAAGCUGGAACAAAGGCAGUAUGUCUUCGUCGCCGCUCACACAUCAGCUGGCAAAACUGUUGUUGCCGAGUACGCCAUAGCGCUGUCCAAGCGGGAUUUGACGCGCACUAUUUACACAUCGCCAAUUAAGGCGUUGUCUAAUCAAAAGUAUCGUGACUUUCGCAAGACUUUUAAGGAUGUCGGCUUGAUUACAGGAGAUUUGCAAAUUGAACCUACCGCCUCCUGCUUAAUUAUGACCACAGAGAUUUUGCGCUCUAUGCUUUACUGUGGCAGUGACAUUACACGUGAUCUGGAGUACGUAAUUUUUGACGAAGUUCACUAUAUAAACAAUCCAGAGCGUGGACAUGUAUGGGAAGAGGUCAUUAUAUUACUGCCCGAUCAUGUGAACAUCAUCAUGUUAAGUGCCACCGUCCCCAACACCAUGGAACUUGCCGACUGGGUGGGCAGCACUAAGAAGCGUAAAGUGUAUGUUAUAAGCACGCUUAAGCGCCCUGUCCCGUUAAUGCACUACCUCUACACAGGUGCCGGUGGCAAGAGUCGUGACGAUAUAUUUUUGCUGGUAGAUGCCCAAGGCAAGUUUCUACAAGGAAACUAUGAAAAGGCAGUAGAGCGUAAGAAGGAGAUGCAAGGCAAGGCCAAGCCGGGUGGUCCCAAAAACUAUGUGGGUAGCAAGCAGGAUCAGUCCACCUGGAUUGGACUCAUCGACUUUCUCAAGCGAAAUAACAAGAUGCCUGUAGUGGCAUUCACGCUCUCCCGUAACCGCUGCGAUGCCAAUGUGGCCGCACUGCAGUCUGUCGAUCUCAAUACGGCCGUAGAGAAGGGCGCUGUGCAAAAGUUCUUUUUGCAGUGUCUGGCCAAGCUAAAACCACCGGAUCGCAGCAUACCACAAGUGCUGGUGCUCAAGGAUGCGUUGGAGCGUGGCAUUGGAGUACAUCACAGCGGUAUAUUACCCAUACUCAAGGAAAUUGUGGAGAUGCUGUUCCAGAAUGGUCUCGUUAAACUGCUCUUUGCGACAGAAACCUUUGCCAUGGGCGUUAACAUGCCCGCCCGAACGGUUAUCUUUGACUCUCACAAGAAAUUUGAUGGCUUGGAGAUGCGUAACCUCAAGCCAGGCGAAUACAUUCAAAUGGCUGGACGUGCUGGUCGUCGUGGUCAUGAUGAGAACGGCACCGUUAUUUUGCUUUGCAAAGCCACCGUUCCCCCGGCAAUGGAGUUACGCCCCAUGCUGCUGGGCCUGCCUGAGAAACUGCAAUCGCAGUUUAUAUUACGUUAUGCGGUAAUCCUUACGUGUCUGCGCAUUGAGAGCAUAAAAGUGGAGGACAUUAUGCAGUUCAGCUUUAAAGAGUUUAAUCAGAAACUACAGCUGCCCACUCAGCAAAAGCUACUGCAACUGGCUGAAGCCAAGUUUGCGACACUGCCUACGCUGGGCGAGCAUCUGGAGCCGCUUAUCUAUUUUUACGACAAAUCCGUGGAGUACUGGAAAGAGAAGCAUCGGAUAAUGAAAUUUAUCGCCACACAGGCAAAGAUCCAAAAGGAAUUAAAAAUUGGGCGUGUGAUUGUCAUUACCCAAAACAAGCACUAUAAUAAGCUGGCCAUAUUGCUUAAUGUCAAGUCAGUGCCGGGCAAGGAUACCGUGUUCAAGGUAUUGGUGCUGGAUCAUCAGUUUAAGAGCACCGAUAGUGAGCAGCCGAAUCGUGGUGAUCUUUACUAUAAAAUACUUUCGCUGACACCGCAGCAUAAAUUUUUCCAUCCCGAGGGCAUAAAUGGACAUACGAUUCUGGACAUAAAAGCCACAGAAAUUGUAAAUAUAACCAAGUCCACUAUAAAGGUAGAUGCGGAUGUUAUCAUACGAAAUUGGGAGCAGCGUCAGAUAGAGCGGUUCAAAGAUACACCGCCAGGUGCCAGUGUGGUUAAAAUUGUCACUGAGCUCUAUCAACUCAAUGAGGCAUACAAUGCCAAUCCAGAAAGCAUUAAGUUCAUCAACAUGUCUAAGGAGAUAAAUGUAAAUGCAGAGAGUGAAGUUGCCAUGAUUAACUACGUGGAUCAUCUCGGACGCCAAGUGGGCAGCGUGUUGCCGCAUACAAAUAUUGCGGGCUUUGAACAGGAGUUUGCUAAGGUGUACGAGCGUCGCAUGUUGGAGAUACACAUUGAAGAGCUGCGCUUUAAGAACUCAGCCAAGAAUCUAACGUUAUAUCCAGACUACUGCAACAAGCUGCAAGUAUUACGCGCCUUGAACUAUAUUGAUGAGCUCAAUGAGGUCACGCUCAAGGGCAAGGUGGCCUGCGAAAUGGGCCAAAACGAAUUGCUCAUCACCGAACUUAUACUCUGCAACAUGUUCAACGAUCUAGAGCCAGCUGAGAUAGCAGCGCUGUUGUCAGGGCUGGUGUUUCAGGCAAAGAUUCAGGGGCAGCCUACCAUACCUGAGCCGCUCAAGGAGUGUGUGGCUGCAUUUGAGCAAAUCAACGACACCAUACUAGCGGAGGAGCAACGCUGUCAGGCAGCCAUUGAGGCAGAAAGUAAUCUUAACUUUGGCUUGCUCGAGGUUGUCUAUGAGUGGGCCAAAAACAAGCCCUUUGCCGAAAUCAUGAAGCUUACCGAAGUACAGGAGGGGAUUAUUGUGCGUUGCAUACAGCAGUUAGAUGAGACAUUACGUGAUGUGAAAACAGCAGCAAUACGCAUUGGCAAUCCUGGACUGCAGUCAAAGAUGGAAGAGGCAUCCACGGCCAUUAAGCGUGAUAUUGUAUUCACAGCCAGUUUGUAUACUGAACUGUAAAAAUGUUCAAUAAAAAUUACAUAUUCUGUUGCUUAACAA